AGAGCUCUAUAAAUUGCAAUGCAGCGUUCACUGCUGUAUCAGGCUGAGAAAAGAACUGCAACCUCCAAGAGGCACGGAGAAAAGACAGCAUCACAUCCUUAGCAGCUAUGGCAGAUGCAAACUUUAAGGCAAAGUUCCACGCCAAACAUAAUGAGUACAGAGAGAAACAUGGAGUCCCUGCUUUAACCUUAAGUGAUGACUUAUGUAGCUCUGCCCAGGCUUGGGCUGACCAUUUACUGUCCACUAAAUGCUUGCAGCACAGCAAUACCAAUAAUGGAGAGAAUCUUUAUUAUUUCCAGAGUUCUGUACCAAAGAAACUUACAGGAGAGGAGCCUGUGGAUUCCUGGUACAAUGAGAUUAAAGACUAUGAUUUUGCUGCACCUGGAUUUCAGUCCAACACAGGACACUUCACGCAGGUUGUAUGGAAAUCAACUGAAGAAGUUGGAGUGGGCUUAGCCACUGAUGGAAAGACUGUCUUUGUGGUUGGUCAGUACAAACCUGCUGGAAACAUAUCCAAUGCAGGAUUCUUCAACGACAAUGUUUUGCCUGCAGCAAAGUAAAACAUCAGCUGGUGAAACAUCUGCAACCAUAUACAUAUCUAUAUCUACUAAAGCAUGUUAUAUUUUACACAAGCAUUUGCAAUUUGAUGGAAUAAAAUGACUUCUGAUUUUCCAAAGUAUCAUAUGAUAAGAAUAAUUUGUAAUUGUGGCAUACCUAAUGUAUUAUUUUGCAAACAAAAA